AUGGAUUUCAUCAAAUCGAAUGCGCUCUACCUUGGAGGCGCGCUCCUCUGCGUCGCGCUGGCUAGGUACAUCUACGCCGGGCUCACAAACCCCUUGUCAAACAUCCCGGGGCCGUGGUACACACGGUACACCACCCUCGUCUCAACAUACUUCGUCAUCACCGCGCACCACCCGGACUGGGUGCACGCGCUGCACGAAAAGUACGGGCCGGCGGUGCGCAUCAACCCGCACGAGGUCGACAUCUCGGACGCGCCGGCAUGCCAGCGCGUCAUCCACGGCGUCAAGGGCGGCUUCCUCAAGUCGCCCUUCUACUCGCUCCUCAUCACCGACUCGUCCAGCGUCUUCAACGAGAUCCGCCCAGAGAUCCACCGCAAGUACAAGCGCCUCCUGUCGAACCCCAUGUCCGAGACGGGCCUCAAGACCUUCCUGCCCCGCAUCGACGGCAAGGUGCGCCUCGCCAUCGAGCGCAUCCGCGAGGAGAACAAGACGCGCGGCGCCGCAGAUGUUGCCAAGUGGUUCAUGUUCCUCUCGUUUGACGUGAUCGGCGAUUUGACCUUCGGCGAAGGCUUCGGCCAGCUGGAGAGUGGCCAGAAAAACCGAUCCAUCAAUGACUUUGUCAGCCUGGGCUUCGUGGGAGGCCUGCGCUCCAUGUUCCCCACCAUAUCCUGGCUCUCCCUGUACCUCCCCAUCCCAGUCUUCCAAGACGCCACCAAGAUCCAGUACCGGACCUUUGACUACGCCCAGAGCGCGCUGGACCGCCACGCCAGGCGCGUAGAGGAGCAGGGCGAGGACACCAAGCCGACCGUCUUCUCCAAGCUCUACACGGCCGGUGCCGAGGACACGUGGUCGCCGAUCGAGAUCCGGGACAACGCGCAGGUCUUCAUCGUGGGCGGCAGCGACACCACGGCCAACUCCAUGAUCUACCUCAUCUGGGCCAUCUGCAAGCUGCCCGACGUCAAGGCCAAGCUCCUCCGGGAGCUGGCGACCAUGCCCGAGGACUUUGGCUACGACGACCUCAGGGACAUGCCCUACCUGAACUGGUGUGUGAACGAGACGCUGCGCCUUUAUAACGCCCUGCCGUGCGGCCUUCCGCGCAUCGUGCCCGCAGGUGGCGUCGAGCUCGCGGGCCAGUUCAUCCCCGGCGGGGCUACCGUAUCAACCCAGUCAUAUAGCUUGCAUCGAGAUGAGCACGCCUUCCCUGACCCAUACCGCUUCAACCCGGACAGGUGGGAGCACACGACCCAGGAGAUGAGAGACUGCACCUUGCCUUUUGGCGGUGGCUCGAGAACCUGCCUCGGCCGCCACCUGGCUCGCAUCGAGCUACGCCUGAUGGCAGCUCGCUUCUUCCGCAACUUCCCUGAUGCCACCGUUUCCGAGCUGGAGGGUAUGUGCGACAAGGACAUGGAGCCUGCCCUACAUUUCCUCAUGGUGCCCAGCGGCCACCGGUGUCUGAUUCAGCUUGAUGGGGAGAAGUAA